AUGUAUGGACCACGCGGAAAGGGAGGCAAAGCCGCCGCCCUGCUGCAAUUGCUGGGCCUCGUGCUCGGCGCAUCAGAAGACGGGGAACGCAAGGAGACGGCGGAGCGGAAGGAGCAGUGCUAUCGCUGCCAAAAACUUGGCCGUGUUGCCAAGUAUUGUCGUAAUCCAGUGGCGUGCCUUCGGUGUGCGCAAGCACACGAUUCGCGCCACUGCGCGAAGAAAGAUGCCAUACGCUGCUGCGCCAAUUGUGGCGGCGCUCAUGCGGCGAAUUACCGCGGCUGCAGCUACAUCAAGAACUGGAGUCGCGGUGAUAAAGCUAGACGGAGACACGAGACCAUCAAGAAGGCGGAUACAGCCGAGGCCGUUGCGUCCUCGCCACCCCCCGCCUUUGGCGGAUCCGUGGUGGCCGAUGACAUGGCUGUCCCACCGGACGCAGUCAGCGAGGCGUGCGCCAGGGUCCGCGCCGCCGCCGAUGAAGAAAUAGCUACCCUCAAAGCCGCAAUGGCGGAAGAGAGGGCAACACUACAAGCCGAACUAGCCGAGGCUCGACAGCUGAUGCACAGUCUCCGUGAUACACUGGCCAGCCAGCCCCACCCAGCACGGAAGAAGGAUGCUGACACGCAGACUGCCGCCCCCAGCCACGAGGGUGGAAACACAAGACGCAGCCGCACAGACAAUCGUCGCGGCGAAGAACAAGGCAACCCAAGUCGUCAUGGAGGAGGCCCCUUGCCCUCUCUCCAAGACGCAGCUGCAGAAGAUAGUGUCCAUUCAUUUGGACACUCUCAGGUCCUACAACGCCCGCCCUCCUCUCACGCCUGUCGAGUGGGAAGUUCUCGUUGCCUCAAUAGAACAAGCCGAGAACGCAAGCCAAGAACAAGGGGCGAGGACCGCCGAAGACGCCAACUGGGAGGAUGUGACAGAUCCUAA